AUGACAUCCUGGAAAGAAGCACAGGAUGCCGAAGGUCGUAGCUAUUUCUAUGACGAGGUAACACGCGAGACUCGAUGGGAAAAACCGGAGGAGCUAUGGACUAAUGAAGAGAGACGAGCACGCCAGUUGGGGUGGCUUCCAGCGCUUUCACAGGAUGGGAAAGGGUACUGGUACCACACGGAGACGGGAGAGACUCGCUGGGAGGUCGGGGACGUACUGGAGGACGGGCAGGAGAGUGUACAAGAGGGUGCAGAAGAGCCAGAAAUACAAGGAAAGACGACGGAGGGGGAACAUCCCGAGCCUAGAGAGAAAGACAAAGUAGAUGGGUACGAAAACCGGUCUGAAAUGCUGCGUGCCGUUGUGCUCCCGAAAACUGAAGCCGAACCGCUUUUUUUGGCCAUGUUAAACGACCAUAACGUGGACGCGACGUGGUCUUUUAACAAAAUCAUUGAACUUGGUUGUUCCGACGCGCGCUACUGGUGUAUCGAUGACGAUCCGCUUUGGAAGCGAGCCAUGUUCGACAAGUACUUGUCGACGCGGUCUCAGGAACAGCUACUGCGCGAACAUUCCGCGGUAAGCAAAUUCCAAGACGCUUUUGUAGCUGCAUUGAAACGCAACGGUAACAUUCGUUACUAUACACGUUGGCCCACGGCUCGGCGUUUACUCGCCAACGAACCCGUGUAUACCCAUUCAGUGGUUAGCGAGAAACUGAAACGGCGUACAUUUCAAGAUUACGUCGCCACGUUACGGCGAGAUCACGACGAGACGUCUGGGCGUGAACAUAUGCGUGCCGUGACAGAAUUGCGCGAGUACCUGCGUCAAAUUGCUCCGGACUCCGACCAUGUUGUGUCGUGGCAACAACUGUAUGACAAUCACUUGUUUGAAAACGCAGAUCGGUUUAUGUCUAAUAAGCGGUUCGCGCUGUUGUCCAAAGAAGACGUACUGCGAGAGUACUUAGAACUCGUUCAGGACCACACAAACACGGCCCGCUCCAAGCUCGCAGAUCUACAACGUGCCAACUACACCCACGAUCGCGUUUGCAGAGACAAUUUUAAAGUUUUGCUUACAGAGAUCAGUAGCACAGUGCACAGCACCACCAAGUGGUCUGAGGUUUAUCCGAAGAUUCACAAAGACCCCAGAUUCUUGGCCAUCUUGGGAAGAGACGGAUCCUCUGCGCUUGACUUAUUUCGAGACCUCGUAGACGAGAAAGCGUUGCAAUUACAAGCACACAAGAGCGUAGCGCAGCAAUUGUUGAACGAAUCUCAAUUCGUGUGGUCUGGCGACACCGCUGCCGACGAAAAAGCACUUGUGACUGUCUUGCAAGCGGCAGGUCCGCUCAGCGGCCUUGACGCGACGGAUCGAGCACUUCUCGCUACGCAACUGGAACGCGAUCAUCGCGCGCGGGUAGCGCAACAGGCAGAAGCGGCCACACGGUUACGCGAACAACGAUUACGUCUAUUCACAUUGCUGUUACAACGUGUAUUCGCAAGCAGAGGCAAACCUGCCACUUGGGAAGAAGCCGCAUUGGAACUAUCACGGUACCCAGAGGCCGCUGCCAUUGAAAACGAUCAAGAUAAACGCAAAGCGUUCGAAAAAUGGCAGCCAGCGGUGCCAACAAGGCCGUCACGACCAGAAACAGACUCUAGCAACCCAGGGCCUGCACUCCCGCGCAAGCGACAACUCACACCUGUCGAACUCGACUACUAA